AUGACUAACACUGAUGGAGAAGCAUCAGGUAAGAAACACCCAAGUUUCACGGUCUUAUCUCUUGAUCCAAUCUACUAUCAAGAUAAUAUGACAGUCACAAUCAAAGGACUUGAGUUGGAGCUGGUGAAAAUCUUGACAAUCUUCACAUCCAUUAACAUCUCAAGUAACCAUUUUUCUAGUGAAAUACCAGACACAAUUAGGAGACUCAAUGCUCUGUAUAUGUUCAAUGUAUCACAUAAUGACUUCACAGGCUUAAUCCCACCAUCUAUCGGGAAUUUGAGUCAGCUAGAAUCAUUAGACAUGUCAUGGAACAAAUUAACUGGAGACAUCCCAUCAACGCUCACAAAUCUUUCUUUCCUUUCCUCCUUUAAUCUCUCAUACAAUCAAUUGGAAGGAAGAAUCCCAACAGGCUCCCAGUUUCAGACCUUCCAAGACACAUCAUACAAAGGAAACAUAGGAUUAUGCGGGUCUCCAUGGAUGAACACCAAUAAAGAUGUUGAUAUGUUUGUUUUUUCGAGCCUCAUUUCAGCAUCAUUUUGUAUAUGGCAUCGGAACUUAUACAGAAGCUACUCUACUGGGAAUAAUUUAGAGCUUGCAAAGUGCCAUUGUCCUUGCAUCCAGAACAUAUCUUCAGUUCAUAUCAAUUGUGGUGGGCCAAGAGUUACCAAUGGAAAAAAGACUUAUGAAGCAGAUGAAGAUCCAGGUGGACCUGCAAUUUUUGUUCUUUCAAACGAAAAUUAUUGGGGAUAUAGCAGCACAGGAAGUAUAUGGAAAGUUUAA